AUGUCGGAAUCAAAAUUCCACCCCGCACUGACUGUUAACAUCAUCAAAGCAAUCAUUCCCAUCACAUUCGAGAUGGAGAAUGACCAAUACUCCACAUGGGCGGAGCUAUUCAAGGUUCAUGCUCGUUCUCAUAAGGUUCUUCAUCACAUUAUUUCUCCAAAGAAGAAGGUUCCCGCACUUUCAACGGAUGAAGAAAAAGAAUUAUGGUCGACGUUGGAUGCGGUCGUACUUGGGUGGAUUUAUUCCACCAUUUCUCAUGACCUUUUGUACACUAUAAUUGAACCUGACUCGACGGCAAUGGAGGCUUGGGAUCGUUUGAAAGACAUAUUCCAGGACAAUCAAAACUCUCGUGUUGUUACCCUUGAAUAUGAGUUUUCCAACACUCAAAUGGAGGACUUCCCUCAAAUGGAGGACUUCCCUAAUGCAUUGGCGUAUUGUCAACGACUUAAGAGCCUCUCUGACCAGCUGAAAAAUGUAGGGGCUCCAGUGGACAACAACCGCCUCGUCCUUCAACUUGUUUCCGGUCUCACGGAGGCAUAG